CCGGAGGAUGGGCCGGGGCGUAACAAAGGGGAGCUCUGGUCCCGGGUCUGCUCCGAGCCCCUCGGGCGACUCCGAGUGCUGCCGCGUGCCUGGCAGAGGAGGCUGCGGCUGAGUUCCCGAGCCGGGUUUUAAAAGUCUCGCGCAUAUUUGUGGUCUGGGAAUAACGUUGGCGUGGACGCCCCCUUCUCUUGGCCUUUCAAGACUUACUUGCUUUUUGAUGGCGUCAGCGGCUGCUGGGUGAACAGUCAGAGACUGAAAAGCAAUCAUCCCUUCAGGACCAGGGAGUCACCGAGGCCAUCCUCUCUGGCUUGGUGGCGCUGCUUUUCCUUGUUUGGCCUGCCGCUUUGGAAGGGAGAAGAUGCCACUGCCUUUUGGAUUGAAAUUGAAACGCACCCGCCGCUACACCGUGUCCAGCAAGAGCUGCCUGGUUGCGCGAAUCCAGCUGCUCAACAAUGAGUUCGUGGAGUUCACGCUGUCCGUGGAGAGCACCGGUCAGGAGAGCCUGGAGGCUGUGGCCCAAAGGCUAGAGCUGCGCGAGGUCACUUACUUCAGCCUGUGGUACUUCAAUAAGCAGAAUCAGCGCCGCUGGGUGGAUUUAGAAAAACCCCUGAAGAAGCAGCUGGAUAAAUACGCACUGGAACCUACCAUCUACUUUGGAGUGGUGUUUUAUGUGCCUUCGGUUUUACAGCUGCAGCAAGAGAUUACCAGGUAUCAGUAUUAUUUGCAGCUGAAGAAAGAUAUCUUGGAAGGAAACAUUCCCUGUACUUUAGAACAAGCAAUUCAGCUAGCAGGCUUAGCUGUCCAAGCUGAUUUCGGAGACUUUGAUCAAUAUGAAUCCCAGGACUUCCUUCAGAAAUUUGCCUUGUUUCCUGUGGGGUGGCCCCAAGAUGAAAAAGUGUUGGAAGAAGCAACCCAGAAAGUGGCCUUACUACAUCAAAAGUACAGAGGGCUCACAGCUCCCGAUGCUGAAAUGCUGUACAUGCAGGAGGUAGAAAGGAUGGACGGCUAUGGAGAAGAGAGCUACCCAGCGAAGGACAGCCAAGGAAGCGACAUAUCCAUCGGCGCCUGUCUCGAGGGCAUCUUCGUGAAACACAAGAACGGAAGGCCUCCUGUGAUCUUUAGGUGGCACGACAUCGCUAACAUGUCCCACAACAAGUCCUUCUUUGCAUUAGAGCUGGCAAAUAAGGAGGAGACAAUCCAGUUCCAAGCUGAAGACAUGGAGACAGCCAAGUACGUCUGGAGACUCUGCGUCGCACGGCACAAAUUCUACAGAUUAAACCAGUGUAGCCUGCAAACUCAGACUGUCACAGUGAAUCCGAUCAGGAGGAGGUCGUCGUCGAGGCUUUCUCUGCCCAAGCCGCAGCCCUACGCGAUGCCUCCCCCACCCCAGCUGCACUAUAAUGGACACUAUACAGAGCCAUACGCUUCUUCCCAAGAUAACCUCUUUGUGCCCAAUCACAACGGCUAUUACUGUCACUCCCAGACAAGUCUCGAUAGAGCCCAGAUGGACGCCAGUGGUCGAAUCCGAAACGGCAGCGUCUACAGCGCACACAGCACCAGCUCGCUGAACAACCCACAGCCCUACCUGCAGCCCUCCCCGAUGUCCUCCAACCCAAGCAUCACCGGAAGUGACGUCAUGAGGCCCGACUACGUGCCCUCGCAUCGCCACAGUGCCCUGAUACCCCCUUCCUACCGCCCAACCCCAGACUAUGAGACUGUAAUGAAGCAGCUCAACCGGGGCAUGGCGCAGGCAGAGAGGCAGAGCCACUCGCUGCGAAACCUCAACAUCGGCAACUCCUACGCAUACAGCAGACCCGACGCCCUGGUCUACAGCCAGCCUGAGAUCCGGGAGCAUGUGCACUUCACCUCCCCGCAGUCAGCGCACUACGCCUUCAAUCUCAACUACAGCUUCCAUAGCCAGGCCCCCUACCCCUACCCUGCCGAACGGCGGCCGGUGGUGGGCGCGGUCAGUGUGCCCGAGCUGACCAAUGUGCAGCAGCUGCAGGCCCAGGACUAUCCGGCGCCCAACAUCAUGCGGACCCAGGUGUACCGCCCACCGCCGCCCUACUCCUACCCUUACCCCAGGCCAGCCAAUAGCACGCCGGACCUGUCCCGCCACCUGUACAUCAGCAGCAGCAACCCCGACCUCAUCACGCGGCGUGUGCACCACUCAGUGCAGACCUUCCAGGAGGACAGCCUGCCGGUGGCGCACUCGCUGCAGGAAGUCAGCGAGCCACUAACGGCUGCACGUCGCGCGCAGCUGCAGAAACGCAACAGCAUCGAGCUGGCGGGUCUAGCGCAUGGCCUGGAGGGGCUGCGGCUCAAGGAGCGCACAUUGUCUGCAUCAGCGGCCGACCCUGCCCCCGGGGCCCCAGCCCUGGCCCCCGCACCCUGCGCUGUCCUGGCCGGCUCCCAGCCCAGCGUCUGCGUCGACAGAGCCAACCAGGACGAGGCUGAGGAGCUGGACGGUGGCAGGUAUGGGCACAAGAAGUCUCUCUCAGACGCCACCAUGCUGAUCCACAGCAGCGAGGAGGAAGAGGAGUUUGAGGAGGAUCCCAGAGCCCCAGCCCCACUCUCCACCCAGCCCCGGCUGCUGGCCGCCUACGUCCCAGAGCUGCAGCAGCGGAGCCACCCCUGUGCCACCGGCGUCCUGGGCCCUGGCCCUUUGCACAUUCUGGAGCCCAAGGCCCACGAGGCUGAGAAGAGGGCAAGGGACGGGAACCCUGCCCACGCGUUUGUGGAAGCACAGCGCCCCCGCAGAGAGGGGCUGCUAACGCCCUCCAUGUCUGAGUCUGACCUCACCACGUCGGGGCGCUACCGGGCCCGGAGGGAUUCUCUGAAGAAACGGCCGGUGUCCGACCUGCUCUCUGGGAAGAAGAACAUCGUAGAAGGGCUCCCGCCUCUGGGGGGAAUGAAGAAGACUCGAGUAGAUGCCAAGAAGGUCGGCCCUCUUAAGUUGGCUGCGCUCAAUGGCCUCUCCCUGUCUCGACUGCCUCUGCCUGAUGAAGGGAAGGAAGUGUCCACUAGAGCGACGAAUGAUGAAAGGUGUAAAAUGCUGGAACAGAGGUUAGAACAGGGAAUGGUAUUCACAGAAUAUGAAAGAAUUCUUAAAAAACGGCUAGUUGAUGGGGAGUGCUCCACUGCCCGACUCCCUGAAAAUGCAGAACGAAAUAGAUUCCAGGACGUCCUUCCCUAUGACGAUGCGAGGGUGGAGUUGGUCCCCACCAAGGAGAACAACACUGGCUACAUCAAUGCGUCACAUAUUAAGGUCUCUGUCGGUGGAAUUGAGUGGGAUUAUAUCGCCACGCAGGGACCGUUACAGAAUACCUGUCAGGAUUUUUGGCAGAUGGUGUGGGAACAGGGAAUUGCAAUCAUAGCGAUGGUGACAGCAGAGGAGGAAGGUGGCAGGGAGAAGAGCUUUAGGUAUUGGCCACGACUUGGUUCCAGGCACAACACCGUCACCUACGGGAGGUUUAAGAUCACCACCCGCUUCCGCACAGACUCCGGCUGCUAUGCCACCACGGGCUUGAAGAUGAAGCAUCUUCUCACAGGGCAAGAGAGGACAGUCUGGCACCUGCAGUACACCGACUGGCCUGAGCACGGCUGUCCCGAAGACCUCAAGGGGUUUCUGUCAUACCUGGAAGAGAUCCAGUCUGUUCGGCGCCAUACUAAUAGUACAAGUGAGCCCAAAAGCCUCAACCCCCCGCUGCUGGUCCACUGCAGCGCUGGGGUGGGAAGAACUGGUGUGGUCCUUCUGUGCGAGAUCAUGAUCGCCUGCCUGGAACACAACGAGGUGCUGGACGUCCCGAGAGUGCUGGGCAUGCUCAGGCAGCAGAGAAUGAUGCUGGUGCAGACCCUCUGCCAGUACACGUUUGUGUACAAAGUGCUCAUUCAGUUCCUGAAAAGCUCCAGGCUCAUCUGAGUGUUCACACCUUCUUAUGGGGACCCAAUCAUGUGAAGCAUUAACAGCUUAGAAAAGUGCCUGCCUGACUUCACCUGAUCCCACCAGACAGCCGCCAGGACAGGAGUGGCGCAGUACGAGGCGCAGCGCGCUGGAGGCAGCACACGGAGCCCAGGCGGGGGAAGGUGCUGGCGGCGCGGAGGACGCGGCUUCCCGGGCACUGUCCGGCCUGCACCUGUCCAGUUUGCAGUACUUGCACACAUUUUGGAGAUUGUACUUUCUAGACAGUUCUAUUUUACUGAAGCUGUGCUGGACAGUUCUGGCAAGCAUCCCAGUCUAUAGGUUUCUAUCUUUAGCUAGUUUUUGAUGAUGGAAUUUUAUGUAAUGACUGAAAUACUUAGGUGUGUUCUUACUGACAAAGUGAGCUUUCUGUGGGGUGAUCCACAGAUUGGGUUGUUCAUGAGUAACAUGUUCAAAACCAUGUUGUUAUCUUUUGUUAUUUUUUAAAAACAACUUUGGGUACUGAAUGGUUUAGUUAUCAAGCUCAGACUAUAAGGAGAAUCUGAAAGUGUUAUUUUGAAACAGCAUUUUUAUAUUCAGAAAUUUUUUUAUCCUAAAAAUUCUAUAUAUUUGUACCUUCUGUAUUUUCCAAACAGGGCUCAACUCAUGAAGAUACUGAAUUGAGUCAGAUAAUGUAAAUAAAAGUUGAGAAUGAAGGCACAUUGUUUAAAAUACAAGAAAAUCAGAUUCACUAUUUUUUCAGUAUUAUUCGUAAGCCUUAAUGAGUUUGAUUUUAUCGGUUGAAAAUGAGGUGAAGAGCAAUUGCGAAGGAUGGUUUUAAGCACUUUUUCUGUUCAAAACAAGACCUGAGUUUUAACAUGUGUUUUGCUUUAUUAUUUGAGACAAUAACAAUGGAGAUUGUUUCGGAUGUGUCUUAGGGAGGAGGAUGAAGGGUACGUUGGAUGGGGACAAGAGGAAGUGGUGUGCGGUGGUGAAGCAGGAUGCCAUUGUCUUUACAGAGAUGCAGUAUUAUCUGUCCUCAGGUGGAGGCACCAGGAUGGAGAGCGGGGCUUGAGAGGACGGCCGAACCCACGGCUUAUCCCAGGGACCUUGUGGCCUGCCACUGUCAGUCACGCUGUUUCCUUGGGGUCCUUCCUCUGAAACCUGUGCUGUUUUUUCCCCCACAAAUGGAGGUUUAUAUUGUCAUUCAGAGAAGCCUUAAAGAGGCUUUAUUUUUAUGUUGAUUGAAAGAGGAGAAUAGUAAGUAUUUUAAACUCUUCUUCCAAAUCCACAGCCUAAGUUUGUGGGGUCAACAGAAAUGGCUGUGGUGUUAGGCCGCACUUGAAGUUUGCCUCCUGAGUCCUCUGGUUCAGCCCUGGGAUGUGUGAAGUAGUUGUGCUCCCUCCCCCAUCCCAGUGGGGCCCAGUGAUGGACCAAGCCAUCCUGAGCCGUCGUCUUGGCCGCUAAGGCCAAGUCACAGCCAGCAGGAGAGGGCCAGCUGGUACUGAGCGAGGAGCUGUCUUUCCUGGAUGCUGAGGCUCAUACCCUACCGCGGAGUGCUUCUAGAAUGUUAAUUCUAGCGUAAUUUCCCUAAGUCAACAUGCUAAGCAUUUUUCUCAUUCCUGUUCCUUCUUAAAGCAGUUAAACUCUCUGUCAUAGCAGCUAAAUAGGUGUCAACAGCCAUGAGAGGGGACUGGGGACUUCCUGCGUGUAGUGGGCCAGCCUGACUCCACCCAGGAGCCAGCCAUGGGGGAAGAUCCAGACAGUUCUUAAGCAAGGCAAUGCUGAAAGUGGACGUACUUCUCAGGAACAAAAUACUCAUUUAAAAUUGAAAUUAUCUUAAAAGUUCUGGUUAAAGAAUAAUAGACUCAAAUGAAAAUAUGCAGAAAAAGUUCCCCAAAACAAAGAAGUUUUUAAAAUAGUAGUAUUUCCCAUCUCCACACCACUGAAAGGUCAAGGUUUUUUCUGAAACUUUUUCCAAUGGUACAUUUUUGAAAAAUGCUUGUCAGGCUUACGUUUGGAAGUGACCAUUGACAAGAACACGUUGUAAAGCAGAAGUCUAAUUAAAGAGUAAUAUAUGGUAUAUUUGUGCUUCUGUUUCAAAAAUUUGUUAAGUACAUUUUUAAGAGGGCAAAAUUAGACUGUUUAAAUCUGUCACUCUUAAAAUGUCAUAUUUGACAUCACUUCUAAGCACGAUGUAAUUUUAAACUUUUAAUGGCAGGUGAAUAUAGAAGAAUUUCUAAAUAAAAAUAAAUCUACAACAUUGGACUCUGAAAUAAUGUGAUUUGUAAGAGCAGAUUAUGUAAAACAUUGGGGUUCUACAGGGUUAGCCUGUCCAAACUGAGGCUGUUACUGUCUGCCAGCCUUAUACAGUGUCUUUAGAUUUUAGUGUCUUUUAGUCCCUCAAUAUGAAUUUCAUAUCAGAAUUCCCCAAAUGUGUAUUUUCACAAAGAGUAGGUUAUAAGCCAGUGUUUCUGCUGCUCAACUUUGGGAUUAUCUCUGGUAUCCACUUUCCUGAUAAAUGGGGUUCUUUCUUGAAAUUUUCUAGUUGACAGCUCUGAACACAGAAAGUGAUCAUUUUAAAAUAUA